UCGGUAACUGUUUGGUUACUUUAGUGAACCUCUCCAGUCGCUUACCUUGUGUCACGGUACACAGCUACGUGAAGCUGUGUAACAGGAGCCUUUUCAAUCAUGUAUCCCUCGGAUGUCUGCCCUAUCUAUGCGUCGUUCUUCAGUAACAUGGGAUGCGCUUUUGCCAUCGUUUUCAGUGUUUUAGGAGCCGCGUACGGUACGGCGAAGUCAGGUGUCGGCAUUUGCGCGUCUGGCGUGCUGCAUCCAGAUCAGAUAGUAAGGAACUCUGUUCCAGUCAUCAUGGCAGGCAUUCUCUCGAUCUACGGGCUAGUUGUAGCUGUUCUCAUCGGUAACGCCCUCAAGCCUGAGACACAUAUCUUCACUGGCUUUGCACACCUUGGCGCUGGUAUCGCAGUUGGACUAUGUGGACUUGGGGCAGGCUUUGCUAUCGGUAUCACUGGUGAUGCGGGUGUACGAAGUACAUGCCAGCAACCAAGGAUGUUCGUGGGCAUGAUGCUCAUCCAGAUUUUUGCCGAAGUCCUAGGUCUAUACGGCAUGAUUAUCGCGCUGCUGAUGGUGGCGAGUACAGCGAAUGUAAAUUGCAAUACAGCUGCGGAUCUGCGAUUGUAGGCCAUGCGUCGGAUCCAGACUGCGAUUGUAAGUCAGACUGCGAGACGAUCAUGGUCGUACGAGGGCCGAGAUGUUCUACGAUAACGUCGAGAAGACUGAUCUGAUAGAGAAAUAAUCUAAGCAGUUAUAAACGUGGAGGAGUGUUGAGCCGAUCGGUCAGAGGUGGUGGAUGGCUGAGCCGGUCAGUUGUCCGGCACACUAUCUAACAAGCUAAAUU